GAAGGGGCUUGCGAGGUGUGAUGGUAAGUUAUUGAAAAUACCUAUUUAUUAGUUGAGUGACAGUUGUUGGGAGCUGAGCUAAGUGAAAAUGGAAGGAAUGAAUAUGUGGAAGCUAUUUGAGAAGAGCCAGUGCACUGAUUGGGAAUAUCUGAAAUGGUUGCAAGAAGUAGGCAUGAUUACCAGUAGCUACUCUUGUUCUGACUGUAACGUUGACAUGGUGUUAGGAAAGAAGAAUCGUUGUCAGGAUGGGUCAGUGUGGCGUUGUAAACGGUGCAAGAACACUAGAACAGUCAGAAGUGGAUCUUGGUUUGAGAAGUCCAAAAUGCCUCUGAGGAAAAUAGUAUUAAUUACUUAUAUGUGGGCUGAACGUUUCAGUCAGGCUCAAGUCAUGAGAGAGUGCUCUAUUUCUUCCAAAACUGUUGUUGACUGGUUUUCUUUUUGUCGAGAAGUUUGCACCACUUUGAUGUUGCGUUAUCAUGAACCUAUCGGUGGUGAAGGGAAAAUAGUUGAAAUCGAUGAGUCCAUGUUCAACAAACGUAAACAAAAUAGGGGUUCAAAGAAGAAAUGCCAGCAAUGGGUGUUUGGGGGUGUAGAGCAGGGAUCAAAUAAGUGUUUUUUAGCCAAAGUUGAUAGAAGAGAUGCUAAAACCCUUGUUCCCUUGAUCAUGAAGAACAUUAGGCCUGGCACCACCAUCUACAGUGAUUCUUGGAAAGCUUAUGAUACUCUUGGCAGGCGUGGUUAUCGUCACUUGAAAGUGAAUCAUAGCAUCACAUUUAAGGAUGGUGAAUGCUGUACCAAUACCAUUGAAGGAAUGUGGGGGCUUGUGAAGCGUAUGUUCCCAAGAUGCAAUAGGCAGAAGAAACAAUUUGAUAGCUACUUAGCUGAGUUUAUGUUUAGGAGGCGUUUCAUGCAGGGAAAGGAUUCAUUGGCCAGUUUUGUUGAACAGAUUGUGAAUUUGUACAAACCAUCAACAGAAGAUACUGAUGCUGAAGAUUCUGAAACUGAGACUGCUGCUGGUUCUGAUAGUGAAUAGGUGUUAUGAAUUGAUUGAUUCUUUUCCAAUUUUUUUGUUUGUUUGUUUGUAGAUAGUAUUGGAGAGUUUAUUUUUGUUUUGCUGCAUAGUUGCCUCUAUAUAUAUAUGUAUAGUGUUAUAUUUGGAAAUUCUAGUUGAUUUGUUAGAUUGUUCUGUGCGAAUGGAAAAUUAAAUUCUAGAAUGAUGAACUCAAAACUCAAUGGUGUUAGUGCAACAUUCACUUUCCUUAAAUAUGAAGUGUCACUGUGGAUUGUGGUGCUGGGGUGCAUAUUUAAAAUUAAAAUAAUACAGAAAGCUGAUAAGGGUUGAGGAAAAGAAAAGCGGGGGUCAAGGGGGCGGCAGCCCCCUUGCACUUAAACAGAAAGCUAA